AUGAACGAUUAUUAUAUUUUGCUUUAUGGAAGUUUAUCAGGUUUUAUAGCAGAAAUUGUAGGAAAUUUAUCAAAUUAUUGGAAAUAUAUGGGACAUUAUCAUUCAGAUAAUCCAUUUUUAUGUUCAAAUGGAAUGUUCAAUAAUUUGGAUGAGAAAAGAAUGUAAUAAUUCAAAUUUACCAUAGAUUUAUAUAAUAGAGAUUGUUUAAUGAUUUGGAGCUCAAAAAAUUAAUAAAUAAAUUGCUAUAUGAUGGAAAGUGGAACUCCUUAGCAUGGUGUUUAAGAUUUUAUAUAAAAGAAAGGCUCUAUUAAAAUAUCAUCAAAGAAAAAUCAAAUUAAAAAUAUCUCUUAAAGUAUUUAAAAAAUAAAUAAAGUUAAUUUCUACAAUCUUUCUUAUUAGGAAGCGUUGCACAACUUUGCUUUUCAUCCUUAUUUUAAAUAAGAAAUUUUCUUAAGAGCCAAAUAGCUUUUAGUUUCAAAAGUGUCUACAUCGGAAUUAUUUAAUUUGGUACAUUAUUUGGGUAAAAUUAAUUUCUAAGUUAAUAAGUACUUAUGACAUGAUUAAAAUGAUAACUAAAAAGGAAGAAAAAUAAAAAUUUUUUACAGUUUAAAUCUAUCUUAUUGCUUAAUUUUCUAGCAUCUUAGCUUGCUUUUCAGAUUCACUAUUUUAUUAUUUUAUUAACAAAUCCUCAAGAUUUUAUUUUUUUUAUGGAGAACGCAUACUGGUUUCUAAAAAUGGGUUGGCUCUAUUUCUUUUUGAUUGGCUUUCUUUAAGAGAUGAGAAAGCAUGA